CGCCAGAGGCACCAUGGCUGUCCUGGGCAUCACGGUGGCCCUGCUGUGCUGGGUGGCUGUCCUCCUGCUGGUGUCCAUCUGGAAGCAGGUCCACAGCAGCUGGAACCUGCCGCCGGGACCUUUCCCACUUCCCAUCGUUGGGAAUCUUCUCCAGUUGGAAUUGAAGAAUAUCCCCAAGUCCUUGAACAAGAUGGCAGAGCGCUUCGGGCCGGUGUUCACGCUGUACCUGGGCCCGCGGCGCGUCGUGGUGCUGCAUGGCUACAAGGCGGUGCGGGAGGCGCUGCUGGACUACAAGAGCGAGCUCUCCGGCAGAGGCUACAUCCCCGCCUUCCAGGAGCACCGCGACAAGGGUGUCAUCUUCAAUAAUGGGCCCACCUGGAAGGACACCCGGCGGUUCUCCCUGACUGUCCUCCGGGACUAUGGGAUGGGAAAACAGGCCAACGAGGAGCGGAUCCAGAGGGAGAUCCACUUCCUGCUGGAGGAGCUCAGGAAGACCCAGGGCCAGCCCUUUGACCCCACCUUUCUCAUCGGCUGUGCCCCCUUCAACGUCAUCGCUGACAUCCUCUUCCGCAAGCACUUUGACUACGAUGACAAGAAGUGUCUGAGGCUGAUGAGUUUGUUUAAUGAGAACUUCUACCUGCUAAGUACUACCUGGCUCGAGUUUUACAAUAAUUUUUCGAGCUAUCUACACUACCUGCCUGGAAGCCACAGAAAAGUGUUAAAGAACGUGUCUGAAAUAAAAGAGUAUGUGUUUGCCAGAGUGAAGGAGCACCACCAGUCCCUGGACCCCACCUGCCCCCGGGACUUCACCGACUGCCUGCUCGCGGAAAUGGAGAAGAGGAAGCACAGUGCAGAGCCUUUGUACACGCUGGACAACAUCUCCGUGACCGUGGCCGACAUGUUCUUUGCAGGGACAGAGACCACCAGCACCACCCUGAGAUACGGGCUCCUGAUUCUCAUGAAGUACCCGGAGAUCGAAGAGAAACUUCAUGAAGAAAUUGACAGGGUGAUCGGGCCGAGCCGCGUGCCCGCCACCAAGGACAGGCUGCAGAUGCCCUACACGGACGCCGUGGUGCACGAGAUUCAGCGGUUCAUCAGCCUCAUACCCUCCAACCUGCCCCACGAAGCAACCCAAGACACCAAGUUCCGAGGAUACGUCAUCCCCAAGGGCACAGUCGUAAUCCCUGCUCUGACCUCCGUUUUGUACGACAGCCAAGAAUUCCCUGAUCCAGAGAAGUUUAAGCCAGAGCACUUUCUGGAUGAGCACGGGAAGUUCAAGUACAGUGACUAUUUCAAGCCGUUCUCUGCAGGAAAGCGAGUGUGUGUUGGAGAAGGCCUGGCUCGCAUGGAGUUGUUUCUGCUCUUGACGGCCAUUUUGCAGAAUUUUAACCUGAAGUCUCUUGUGGACCCAAAGGAUAUCGACCUGAGCCCUGUUACAAUUGGGUUUGGCAGCAUCCCCCCACGCUACAAACUCUGUGUCAUUCCCCGCUCGUGAGUGUGAGGAGGACACACCCCGGCCCCACCUGUCUUUCCAGCACACCUGCAGGGACCCCCACGAGACCCCCCACCCUGCCCAGGGAGCCACAGGGGUAGUCCGGCCCCAGCGAUACUUUCCAGGGUCCCAAUCUUCAGACAGAAUUUGAAAACAAAGUCCAAAAGAUAUUCUGCUAAACUUAAUUAAACUGUGAAUUUGUUUGAGGCUAUGUCCGAGUUCCUAGGAGCAUGGUAUCAAUAAUUAGGGAUCUGUCACUGUAAGUCAAACUGACCUCUCUUGAAAAAGCAGAGCUGUCCAGGCCCCAGCACCAGAAUCUGUGAUAAAGUAUUGACAAGGAAUAGGGACACAAUUUUGAAGAAUGGAAUAGGGAGAAAUAAUACAGUUUUGUCAGGAUUUAUCGACCCUGUCAAAAAUAUAUUCCCUCCCUUUUUGCCUUGGGGUAGUUGUUCCUGGGCCUCCCUGUGACCACCAUUCUGUGCUAUAUUUUAAGGGUAAAGUAUGUCUGAAAAGUCAACAUAGUCAUCUGUUAUUAUCUCUUAUUAUUAAAAUCUGACUUUGUAUCUAGAAGGAGAAAUGCUAGGCUUAGGGAGACCCUCACGUGGAAUGAAGCAAAAAUGUAGCUAAAAGUAUUCUCAGUGAACUAACCCUAACAUGUGAAACAGAGAGGAGUUUGGAGCAGGAGCCCCGUCCCCACCUGGCCAGCCCUCUGCAUGCACAGCCUUCGUGCCCUGGCCGUCCCUCGGUGACACGGAGACUGCGACUGGCGGUGGAGUCGGCAGGCCAAGCCCCGGAGCAGCACCCCGGCACACCGUGCUUGCUGUCAAUGCUCCUUAACAAAAUGGGCAACGUCUCACCGUCAGCAUCGCGGCACCUUCCGGUCUCUCCUGCCUCCCUCUUGGAAAGCUUUCACCGGGCCCCAUCUCCAGACCCUGGAUCGGUUCACAUACGCAGAGUCCCUGUCAUCGCGUGAGGAAGCACAUCCCCAGGCUCCUGGGAUCAGGACAUGCUGUCCUGGAGGCCUUGCUGCACAGCCCACACCUGCCAGCUUACCCCCAUGGGCCCACCGAGGACCAGCGUCCACCAACGGCAGAGCAGUGGGCUGCGGCUCCAGCCGCCCGUGUGGGCCUGUGUUUCUCGACAUCACACCUGCACAGUAGGAAGAUGCUUCCAGCAGAAGAAUAUAUUAAAAUAUCUUUUUAUUUGCUUUGGGGUAGAGAGGUUUCAAUUUGAGAGAAUAGCCUAGGAAAAUGCUAAACUACCCAACAGUGAUGGGAAAAUGCUGAGGGGUGUGAAGGCCCUUCGAGGGUUAUUGUUUAAGUCAUCGGGCAUCAUUCAGCUAUGGGGUCCAGGUUGCCAUCCUGGUCAGCACGGUCCAAAACUUCACCCCCGGGGGCCUCCCAAGCCUCGGCCAUUUCAGGUCCUACCGAUCCUCGAGAGGGAGCACUGACCGAGAGGUGACAUCACUGUAAGAAAUCCUCUACGGAUCUAAGCCACAUUGUGCAAAAUCAGAGAGAAGGGGUCAGUGGGGGUGGGGAGGAUGGAGGAAGGGGACAGACUCCUCUGGUCACUGCUUGAGACGUGGUCGGACACCUGGGCCGGGACGUUCAGCCCAGCUCCCUGUGGAUUCUACUCUAAGCCCAGACUCUUCCUCAGCUCAGGGGGCGGGUGGGCGCAUCCACCUGCGUCAGCUGCCAGGGAGGUGGGCGUGCCCCCUUCAGCAUCCUGCUGGUGUUCAUAUUCCCCCACUUGCUCAGAAAGACCCACAGGGCGAUCGUGAGCAUCCUCUCCUCUCGCCGUGCAUGCCUGGUGCUUUGCAACCCCCACGGUUACCCCGUGUACUCUGUCACCAAUCACGGGCCCUGGAUGCUCCUGAGUGGUCCACGCCGUACUUCACCGGGGGGCGUCUUGUAGCGGAGAGGUGUGUGGUGGAAAGAUCCAAAGUGUCAGGACCAGCCGGCGAGGACCUCCACUUCCAACCUUUAGAUGAGGAGCUCAACCCCGAGCACAGAGGGCUGUGACAGGGACAGGUGUGUGAAGCGUGCACUGCACGAGGAAGCAUCUGCCCAUAGAAGAUGCCAGUAGCAACCACCUCCCUCAUAAAUUCACUCUUCUAGACAGAGAUCUUUUAAAAUGCCCUAGUGACUCCAAAAUAUUAUAAAAUCCAGAGCUUUGGGCAAUAUACAAGGACUCCCGUACUCAGCACCAGCCUAUUUUCCUAAGGCAUUUUUCCUUUUUCUUUUUAGUUUUAUUAAGUGUGAUUUACAUACAAUAAAAUUCAUCAAUUUGAAUAUGUAAUGAGCUGUCAGGUACAUACAAUCAUGAGGACACCACCGUAGUCAAGACAUAGAAUAUUUCCACGACCUCGAAAUUAGCUCCUGCUCCUUUGUGGUCAGUGUGCUGCCCGGGCCCGGGCCCUGGGUGUCUGUCUCGAGUGGCCCGAGAGCUCCGCUGUGUCCCUAGUGCCACAUAAACCAAAGCUUACGCUACAUAGUCUCUGGUUUGUGAAUUCUUUGGCGAUUUAUCCAUGGGCUGUGUGAGUUAAUUUUGCGUUUGUUUUUGUUGCUAAAAAGUAUUUCUGUGUAUGAGUAUCCCAUCAUUUGUUACUAAUGACCCUUGAGUUCUUCCCAGUUUUUAUCCACUAUGAAUAAAAAUGCUAUAAAUAUUCACAUACAAGUCUUUGGGUGGCUGUGUUUCUUUUCUCUUGAGAAAAUAUGUCGGAAUAAAA